CGGGCCGCGGUGCCGGAGCUGCGGCGGCGGGCAUGUGGCGGGCGGUGUCGGGGGCGCGCCGGCUGCUGCGGCCUCUCUCCGCCGCGGCGGGGGGCGCCCUCCGGCCGGAGCCGCCCCCCCGGGUGGUCGCGGCUCCCCGCGGGGGCUGGGCGGCGGCGCGGGGCGCGGGAGGCGGUGGCGGAGCCGGAGCGCUGGGGGCGGCGGCGGAGCGGCGCCAGGCGGCAGAUACUCUUCUUCCGAAGUUCAACAUUGACUUUGUUGUAGCUCUGCUGAGGCAAGAAAACGCUAAAGACAUCUGUGUCAUCCAGCUACCUCUAGAAAUAAAAUACUGUAAUUAUUUUAUAAUUGUGAGCGGAUCUUCAACACGACAUCUCCAUGCGAUGGCACAUUACAUGCUGAAAAUGUACAAGCAUCACAAGGAAGAAGGUGACCCUCAUGCUCAGAUUGAAGGGAAAGAGACAGAUGACUGGCUGUGCAUUGAUUUUGGUAGCAUAGUGGUGCAUUUCAUGCUGCCAGAGGCACGAGACGUUUAUGAAUUGGAGAAGCUAUGGACUCUUGGUUCCUAUGAUGACCAGUUAGCGCAGAUGACGCCACAGUCACUGCCAGAAGACUUUAUAUUUGGAAUGACUCCUAACAGCAGUGAUCAUCUUGAGACAAGAACUUAAUGCAGCUGCUGAGUGGAAAGAGAAAUGAGUGUGCCUUCACAGAUCUGAGAGCAACAUACAGUCUUGAUUACUGACAUAACAGUCACUACAGUUGAUCGGUACAAAACAGUGUAUUAUUUACUGGAUGUGCCUAGGUAAAGUUCUGAACAAACUACAAAAAUAAUCAGAAUCAUUAAGGUUGGAAAAGACCCUUAAGAUCAGGUCCAACCAUACAGUGUCAAAGAAGGAAUCCUAUCAUAAGGGAGCUUCCUGGGGGAGUCACUGUCUCAAUGGCAUUUGCAGUGAGAAGAGUGGGGCAAAACCAGCUGCUUAAGUAAGUUAUGCUGAAACUCAUGCUCAGCCUCUACAUUAAUUGUUUUUCUAGUAACUUUGAAAGACCUGCCUGUAGUGGCAGUGCAAAAAAGCCUUGAGUGCUGCAAGGAAAAACUAUGUAUGUGAAAUAGUGCAGUUUAGAUGAGGCUCCUUGUAUUAAGCCAUUUGCUUCUGGUCAUGAUGAAGCACAUCAUGCUCUAAGUUGAAAGAGGAGAGAAAACACACUGGUGUUACUGAGCACAUAAAAGCCAAGAGCACAGCAGUGACAAAUAAAUGUGUCUUGAGUUAACAGUAAGUCAGUUUUUCAGCCAAGGCCAAUCUGUUUUUAAUAAUUAAAAAAAAUAAAAUCCUGAAGCGCUCCGA